AUGUAUAAGAAACAGAGGCGGAAGCAGGCAAAGCAGGCCCGCAAAGCCAGAACGAAGCUCCAGGAAGAGCAGCCAGAACUAUAUCACCACCCCGAACCGACGGGCACGAACCCAUACUGGCAGGAAGAGAUAUUUAUGGGGCCUGGGCCGCCUCCGAGGCGCGCCCGAAAGACGAACACUUGCAACACACGGGCGACGACGACCGCAGGGACACAGGGCAGUGCAGUGAGCCAGACAGGGAGCAGCAUUGAUGUCGAUCGUGCUGUAGAGGUGCGCCUCAGCGACGAUACGCUCGACGACGACAAUUGGAACCGCAAGCGCUAUCAACGGGAAGACGAGGACCUUUGGGGCUUCGACGCAAUUGAACCCCUACAGACAACCCUAUCUGGCUCAUCUGUUGGAGUCACCGGCUUGAAGCGACCUACGUCACGGUCCGGCAGCUACUACUCUGCUCGAGCACCGCCGGUGAACGACCUCCACCCUCCAGUCGUCAGCCUACCGUCACCCCAUCCCUCCGAUAACCAGUGGAUGCUCCAACCCCCGCCCAAAGCUAGUGUCAUGAGUGGGAAAGAAAGAGCCACACUCCGCAGUCGAAGUGGUAGUGGAGCCAGCAGCAGAGUGGAACUGAGUCUUCAGCGCCAAGUAAGCGCAAAGCACCUGCGCGACAAACUCGAUCGUGGGGAGACGCCUGAAAUGCCAUCCUUAUCCCGGGGCAUUUCCUACAAUGACAUGCUCAUGGGCCAGCGUCAUGACCGACCGAAGACACCACUGGCACGACCUCCCUCUACAGCUUCUAGCUACCGGCCUAGGAGGCGUCGCGAUACUGCAAUGACGAACACGUCUGCGACAGAGCAAUCUUCAAGUGACUCUAGCGACACUAUUGUUAGACGCUCGCACUCUCCUUCUCAUAACCUUUCAACUGUUCCAAGCCUCAAAUUAAUGCGCGCGCGCAGCAGUCGCCAACAGCUUUCCACUGUAAUGUCGAGCGGCUCUGGUGAACCCUCCAUAAGCCCUACAAACACCAGCCCCACCCCCGAGCUCGACGACGAGAACCUCCCUGUGACCGCCAUUCGCAAGGUCCGAUACUCGACCCAGUCCACCGAAUCAGACCCAUAUCACCUCAAGAAGCGGCGUGCUCCCCUCGUAUCUUCCGAUAUCUCCUCGCUCAAUGUCCUCCAAGACCUCGUAUCUCCGGUUUCAUUGCUCAGCUCACGCUUCGUCUCUGCUCCCCUUAUGGAGGCUCGCAUCAAGCUCCCGCCUUCGGACCACGACGAGCAGAAUAUGCUCGAUACAGACUCCUGGUCCGGGAGCGGGUUUGCUAUCAGUCGUGGUUGGGUCACGGAUCAAGUCGACGGAGAGGCACGGGUCCCCUUCGACAGUGCCCGCGUGGCGGAUCGCGACCCCAGGAUGAGAUGGAGCGUGGACUUCUGA